UAAAAACUCCAUAAAAAACACGGAGAAAAUAACAGGGCGACAAGCGGGGAAAGCCGAAAGGGGGAGGCGACGCAGCCUAGGCGUAAUCCCAAGCUUCAACCUCCGAUUCCAGAGAGCAUAUCGUCCAGGUUCGUGAAUUUACAUCCGGAUCCUUCUUCGCCGUCACUGGAGGCGUCCCCUAGUCCCUACCCGUCGACGAUAGUAACCGCUCGCCCCCACCACGCGCUCGACCAGCAAUGGCAUCAUCUUCGGACCCAUGGAUGAAAGAGUACACUGAAGCAUCUAAGCUUGUUGAUGAUAUAAGUUCCAUGAUUGCCGAUAGAGGUUCUCUUCCACAAUCAGGCCCUGAAAUUAUGCGUCACACAUCAGCUAUUCGGAGAAAAAUAACUAUUCUUGGGACUAGACUGGAUAGUUUGGUGACGUUGUUGUCCAGGAUUCCUCCAAAGUCACUCACUGACAAGGAGAUGCAUAAGCGCCAAGAUGCGCUUUCCAAUUUAAAAUCGAAAGCAAAGCAGAUGGGGACAAGUUUCAAUGUGUCAAACUUUGCAAACAGGGAGGAUUUGCUUGGUCAGGGUAAGAAAGCAGCUGAUGAUAUGAACAGAGUUGCUGGGUUGGAUAACCAAGGGAUUGUUGGCCUUCAGAGGCAAGUUAUGAAAGAACAAGAUGAGGGUCUUGAAAGGCUGGAGGAGACAGUACUGAGCACGAAACAUAUAGCACUAGCAGUCAAUGAAGAACUUACUCUGCAUACAAGAUUGAUUGAUGACCUUGAAGAUCACGUGGACGUUACGAACUCCCGACUUCAGCGUGUGCAAAAGGGGCUUGCAGUUCUGAACAAGCGCACCAAAGGUGGCUGCUCAUGCAUGGCCCUGCUGCUAUCUGUUGCCGCCAUAGUGCUGCUCGCCGUGAUUGUUUGGCUUCUCAUCAAGUAUCUGUAAAGAAGAUGCUGCUUUGCAACCUUUGUUCAUUGCAUCGCUUGUUUGCUACUCCAUUGGAAUGUGCAGUCUCUUGAAAGAUAUAUGAUGGUUUUUAUGGUGGUACUUUCCUCUUUUUUUUUGGAAUGGUUAUACUCCGAAUCAAUAUGUACAAGGUAUGAGGCUCGGUCAUACGUCCAGCAAUAUGUGUGAACAUUUGUGCCCUUGUAAGUUUGCGGUGAGAAAUAUAGACAUUUUAUGUGAGGGUUUAUACA